AUGUCAGAUGUUAAGAGCCUCGAACAUCCGACACUUAAGGUUCCAUAUGAGCUUUUGAACAAGAAGUUUCGUUCUGCUCAGAAAACUCUUGAUAGAGAAGUAUCGCAUGUUCAGGCAGUAUCUAAUGAACUUGAGAAAAGUUUAAAGACUGAUGGAACUUAUGUAGCAAGUGGUGAAAUUAGCAAAUUGCUCGGUGGUGUGGUCGCUAGGCUUCAAGUUUUAAAGCGUAAAGCUCAGGAGUCCAUAGCUGAGGAAUUGCAAGCAGGCAUGGUGUGCAAAAGAAGAUUAGAUCAUUUAAAGGAUCACGCUAAUACCUCUUCGAGCGCUGUAAAUCAAUGGAGACGACAAAGAUUAGACAGAAUGCUUGUGGAAUAUUUUCUUCGCAAGGGAUACUACAAAACGGCUACUAAAUUGGCAGACAGUAGCGAACUUAGGGAUCUAACAAAUAUUGAUGUAUUUAUGGUAUCGAGGGAAGUGGAAAAAUCUUUAGCCAAUCAUGAAAGUGCAAGAUGCAUCGGUUGGUGUCACGAUAAUCGUUCGAAGUUAAGAAAACUAGGCAGCACUAUGGAAUUCAAUUUACGCGUGCAAGAAUUUAUCGAAUUAGUGCGAACUGAUAGGCGGCUUGAUGCGGUGAAGCAUGCUCGCAAGUACUUCGCCAAUUACGACGAUUAUCAACUGCAGGAGAUUCAGUGCUGCAUGGGUCAGUUGGCCUUCCCGGCUCAUGCAUACUUGAGUCCCUAUAAGGAUUUACUGGAUGAAAAGAGAUGGGACAAACUGAUCGAGACAUUUCGACAGGAAAACUACAGAUUGUUUCAGUUAGCAAGUCAGAGUGUAUUCACAGUUGCUCUGCAAGCUGGCUUGUCGGCUCUCAAAACUCCCCAAUGUUACAGCGCAAAUAAAGAAGGUCGAAAUCCUAGCUGUCCAGUUUGCAACGAAGCGUUAAAUGAAUUAGCCGCACCAUUACCUUUCGCUCAUUGUUCGCAAUCGCGACUUGUUUGUAGUAUAAGUGGGAAACCACUAAACGAAUACAAUCAGCCUAUGAUGAUGCCGAAUGGAUAUGUGUAUGGUGAACAAGCAUUGGAAAAAAUGGCUCAAGAAAAUAACGGCACUGUAAUCUGCCCAAAGACCAAAGAAGUAUUUCCAUAUAAAAAAAUUGAAAAGGUUUACGUAAUGUAA